AUGCAAGUAGUUGAAGCUGCUGUUGAAGCACGUAAAGUUCACAUACUUCAACAAGAUACAUUAAAUAUAAAUGCAAAAACUUAUAGUUUUCCAGUUGAUUCACAUUUAUCACAAUUAACUAUACAAGUUACCAAUCAUCAACGUAAUCAAGCAAUCAAUGUGAAAAUUCGUAAUCCUGAAGGCAAAUUAAUCGAUAAAGAAGACGGCCUUAAACAAUUAAUGAAAGCUGUCAAAUCUGUAUUUGUCGGAUCAAUCGAUCGACCGAAACCUGGUCAAUGGACAAUAGAAGUAAGCACAGAUGUACAAGAAGAAGAAGGCAUUAUUGAUUCUGAAUCAAUCGAUGCAAAAACUAAUAAUGAUGAUGGUGACGGUGAUGAUGAGAAUUCACAACAACGUGAACGAUGGAUUUCUGUUCGUGUAUCUGGUAUAAGUGAUGUUGAUUUUUUGCAAGGUUUUUCAACAACUCCACGAUUAUAUAAUUAUGGAGCUUCGACACAACCAAUUGCAGGUGUACAAAAUUAUAUAAUGGUUAAUAUGACUGGACGAUUUCUACCAGGACAAAUUGAUCAUUUUGAUAUGCGUUCACCAAAUGGUGUAUCAAUUGUACGUUUACCUGUACAACAAACUGAAAAAUUACAAAUUUAUGUUAGUCAACAAGCAAUGGAACCAAUUACUGGACAUUAUUAUCUUGAAAUUUUUAAGGGUAGUAAAACCAAAGAUCAUGAGUACUAG